GUGGAAAACCCAGAAAUGUCGGCCAAUAUUUGCGUGAGCAAAGCUGAGCAUCACGUGGAGGGUGCAUCACACUUCUGCUUCUGGGCCAAGCGCCGUCCUCUCGCCUUUUGCCUCCGAGCGCACAGUUCCAACCCGGAUCAGAACCGAGCGCAGCGCACAGCAGGGAGCCGCCCGUCGGUUCUGGUGCCGCCGCAGGACAACAUGUGGCUUCGAGAGGAGCUCCUGAAGGCCAUCUGGCACGCGUUCACAGCCCUGGACGUGGAUCACCGCGGGAAAGUCUCCAAAUCUCAGUUAAAGGUGCUCUCCUACAACCUGUGCACGGUAAUGAGGAUCCCCCAUGACCCCGUGAGCUUUGAACAGCAUUUCAAAGAAGAUGAUAAGGGACCUCUGUCCAGUGAGGGAUACAUGCCUUACCUCAACAGGUACAUUCUUGACAAGGUGCAGGAGGAUUUUGAUGUGCUGGAGUUCUACCGCAUGUGCUGGACCUUGUGUUUCAAGAAAAACAUACAACCCCAGCGCUUAAAAAUCUCUGACAGUGAUGCAUUUAAGGUCUGGUGCAUUUUCAACUUCCUGUCGGAAGACAAAUACCCGCUGGUGGUGGUCUUCGAGGAGGUUGAGUAUUUUCUGCGAAAGCUGACGGAGGCCAUGGGCGUGGGAUGGUGCGAGGAAAAGUUCGCAGACUGCAGGACGCAGCACGCGGCCAGGAGCUGCCUGACGGCGUGGGAGCUGAUUGAGCUGGUGGGCGUGAAUUACUUCAGCAAGGACGUGGACCGGCAGAUCCUGUCCAUGAGCAUCAACGAGGUGUUCUCCGAGCUCAUCCUGGACAUCCUGAAGCAGGGUUACGUGACGAAGAAAGGCCACAAGAGGAAGAACUGGACGGAGCGCUGGUUCGUCCUCCGACCCACCUCGCUGUCCUACUACGUCUGCGAAGACCUCACGGAGAAGAAGGGGGACAUCGCUCUUGACCAGAGCUGCUGUGUGGAGUCUCUGCCAGAUAAAGAUGGGAAGAAAUGCCUUUUCAUUAUCAAAUGCGUCGACAAAAGCUUUGAGAUCAGCGCUUCGGAUAAAAAGAAGAAGCAGGAAUGGAUUCAAGCCAUACAGAUGUGCAUCCAGCUGCUGAGGCUGGGCCUGCUGUCUCCCCACCGUGAGGCCCGGCUGAGGCGUCGGGAGCUCCGGCAGAAGCAGCAGCUGGAGGAGGAAGACCUGGCGCUGAGGAUGAAGAAUCUCCAGGCGGCUAAUGAGGCCAAACAGAAGCAACUGGAGGACAUGAGGCUGAAAAUGGAAGAGGCCGCAGCCAAAGCGGCCCUGGAGGAGCUCAGGAGACAGAAGAAGCAGUCUGACCUGCAGGAUCGCCACAGACUAGACUUGGAGAGAGAAAAGAUGGUGCGGCAGGAGAUGGAGGAGCAGAUGGCUCAGAAGUCCAGCGAGCUGGAGCAGUACCUCCAGCGGGUCAAAGAGCUGGAAGACAUGUACCACCGGCUGGAGGAGGCCUUAGAGGACGAGCGACAGGCCAAGCAGGACGAGGAAGCCAUGAGGAAGCUGCAAGCCAGGUUGCUGGAGGAAGAGGCAGCUAAGAGGGCAGAGCUGGAGCAGAUCUACCUGAAGCAGCAGAGAGCGUUGUCUCAGACGGAGGCGGAGAAGGACGAGCUGAUGGCUGAGCAGCUGGCCAAGGAGAGAGAGCUGCGGGCGGCGUCUCAGCAGCUGGACAGGCUGGAGAAGGAACGGCAGGGGGCGCUGGAGCAGUAUCAGGAGGUAUCGAGAAAACUGGAGCGAGCGGCUAACAAGACCAAGACUUGGAAAGAUAAGGUGGCCAAACAUGAAGGCCUGGUUCGUCUCAUCCAGCCUGGGCAUAAGGGACCUCAGAGGAUCACUAACUGGGGGCCGGCCUCAUUCACUGAUGCCGAGCUGGAGCUGAGGAAGAAGUCCUGGCAGGAGAAGAAGAACCAGGGAGCUCCGUCUCAAUGAGGGUCUUGGUUGAUCAGGACGACUCAGUGCCUCCUUCACCUUUUCAUGGAUUACAGUCACCAUACUCCAAAAAGGGUAAAACUAAAGUAAGUUCCAUUUUCUUGAAACGACUAUAUUAUUCCUUGAUUUGAGCUACUAAAUAAGACCAUUUGCCAGUGGAAUGAGUAUUUCUACCCCUAAA